AUGGACCAACAGCAAGAUGAGGGUAUUGCUAUCGUUGGAAUGGCAUGUCGGCUGCCUGGAGACGUUCAAGACCCCAAAUCAUUUUGGGACCUUUUGAUGAGCCAGAAGCUUGCACGAGGCCCCUUUCCGGCGAGCCGCUUCAAUGCCGAUGCCUUCUAUAACCCCCAGAAGGGACGACCGGGAAACAUACGAUACACAGAGGGCUACUGUAUCUCAAACGAUCUUGAGGAUUUUGACGGGGGAUUCUUCGGCAUGAAUGCUGCGGAUGUCCUAUCCCUCGAUCCCCAACAACGUCAGUUGCUUGAAUGCUGCUUUGAAUGUCUAGAAUCUGGUGGCGUCACUCUCGAAGAUGUCUCUGACACCAUGACUGGAGUCUACGUUGGCAAUUUUGCGAGCGACUAUGAGACUCUCGCGUUCAAAGAACCCGAAAGGAUUGAGGGCAUGGCCGUUCUGGGAAUGGGUCGGACGACCGUGAGCAAUCGUGUCAGCUACAUGUACAAUCUUCACGGGCCGAGCGUGACUAUGGACACGGCCUGCUCCUCAACACUGUAUGCACUCCAUUUCGCAGUACAAGCACUACGCAACGGCGAAAUCCCUGCCGCAUUUGUCGGUGGUGUCAACUUGAUUCUCACACUUGAGUAUCAUUUUGCCAUCGGGCAGAUUGGAGCUCUUUCUCCAACAGCGCAGUGUCACGCAUUUGAUGAAUCUGCAGAUGGUUACUCUCGAGGAGAAGCCAUCAACGUCCUAUACCUGAAGCGAGUUUCGGAUGCCAUUAGAGACGGAGACCCUAUUCGUGGAGUUAUUCGAGGAUCGUCUCUGACUGCCAAUGGAAAAAACAACGGCAUUACUUUCCCCAGCGCUAUGGCCCAGGAAAUGUCUAUCCGGAAGGCAUACGAACACUCGGGUCCUCUAGACUACGCCUCAGUUGGCUAUGUAGAGUUCCAUGGUACUGGAACUCCUGCAGGUGAUCCGAUCGAGACAGUCGCGGUCGGAAACGUGUUUGGCAGCCACCGUGAGUGGCAUGACCCUUUAUAUAUCGGGUCUACCAAACCACAAGUCGGCCAUGGUGAGGCAUGUUCUGCCAUAACCAGCAUCAUGAAGGUGGUACUGGCAAUGGAGAACGGAGUGAUACCAGGGACAAUAGGUGUCAAGAAACUUAACCCUGCGUUGGACCUAAAAGGAGGUGCCCUAGCGGUUGUUACGAAGAACACUCCCUGGCCGGAGAGGAAAGCAAGACGCACAUCUGUUAAUUCGUCGGGAUAUGGUGGAGCCAACGGGCACGUCGUCAUUGACGGCGUAGAUGAUUAUUUCAAGAGCAUCGGCAUGGCCAACCCCUACCACGAGACGCCGUCCAUCAAUCCCUACGACACUAUCACACAGAAGAAAUUCUUAUUACCUAUCACAGGGCAUGACGAAUACUCUAUGCAGAAGAACGUGGAGAGCUUGAUGGCAGUGCUAGAUCGUCAGACCCACGACUUCCAUGAACUAUUGUAUACAAUGAUUGCUCGUCGUACGCACUUCCCUCACCGUGCUAUCAUCCAAGCCGAGGUUUGCGGCAAGGAUAUGGUGACCUUUGGUGAACAAAUGGUUGGUCGUGCGAAUAGCAGGACCCCUGUCGUGGCUUUUGCUUUCACCGGGCAAGGUGUUCAAUGGGCGGGGAUGGGUCGUCAGCUGUUAAGUUGUUACCCCUCAGUGCGACGAACGUUCAAGAAAUUGAACCUGGCUUUGUCGAACUUGAAGCAGAGCCCAACAUGGACCAUUGAAGAAAUCCUCUUCGAGCCAGAAGAAACAAGCAAGAUCGGAGAAGUUUCUUUCUCACAGCCUGUUUGCACCGCUGUGCAAAUUGCAAUUGUGGAUCUGCUACAUGAGUGGGGAGUGACACCCGAAGCCACUAUUGGACAUUCAUCGGGUGAACUCGCAGCUGCUUAUGCGGCGAAACUGAUCACUGCCGAAGAUGCCAUAAUAUCUGCUUAUCUGAGAGGCGUACAUGCCACGCUCACCCAGGCACCAGGCGCCAUGAUGGCAGUGGCUUUGGGUGCGGAGGACGCCGAGAAACUUCUAUUUGAAAGCGGUGUUUCCUCAACAGAUGCUGUUGUUGCAUGCAUCAACUCUCCAAACAGCGUCACGCUUAGCGGCAAGUCUGAGCCUAUGGAUCUUUUGCACAAGAUAUGUAAGCAACGCGAAAUAUUGUGCAAGAAAUUACCGACUGGUGGAAAGGCCUAUCACUCUCCGAGCAUGAAGGAAGUCGGAUCCGGAUACAGUGAAGCCAUCGUCGAGGCUACCGCGCGGUCUAGAAGCGGAAUCGUGGCACUUUCAAAUGGCGACCAAACGACGCCUAUGCCCGUGAUGAUAUCAUCGGUGACACUGGCGCAUCUUCAACCAGGGGAUGUUAAUGGGAGCUACUGGCAGAAGAACCUGGAAAGUCCCGUUCUUUUCCAUGGCGCCAUGACCAAAUUCCUUGGUCUGACGUUCGGCCCAGACAAACGUCACGUCGAUUGUGUUAUUGAAAUUGGGCCCCACAGCGGACUCAAGGGCCCUAUUAAACAGAUCAUCUCAUCACCCGAAGUCACAGAGAUCUGGAAUGCAAGUCUGGGAACCGCGCCCAAAGUGAGUUAUGAGCAGACGCUCGAGCGUGGACACGACGCCGAGGAUGACAUGAUGCGACUUGCGAAAAGUCUGUUCCUGAAGGGCUGUACCAUCAACCUGCUCCAUGUGAACGGGCACACUGUCUAUCGCCCGUCCAAUGUCAUCAUUGAUCUGCCCAAGUACUCGUGGAAUCAUGAAACUCCACAGCCAUUGAUCGUUACGCGCUCUACUCAGGACUACAAGUUUGCCUCUCAUCCUCGUCAUGAUCUGAUUGGCAGUCGACUUCCUGGAGGAAACCGAAUGGAGCCGGUUUGGAGAAAUUAUCUUCGCUUGGAUGAUGUCCCAUGGAUCAAAGAUCAUGUCAUUGGAAGUGCUAUUAUUGUGCCCGGUGCGGCCUAUCUCGCCAUGGCCGUGGAAGCGGCGGCCCAGUUUGCCGAAGAUACAGCGCUCGGUAGCCCAGUAUUUGACUUUGAGGAUGCCAAGUUCCAUCUUCAAACUGUCACGAUCAAGUCAGCGCUGGUGCUUCCCUCCAGUGGGACUGCCGAUUUAAUGACCAACCUACGGCCUACCGAUGCAUCCGCAGCAUCCAACCGGUUUGAGUUCCGGAUCUGCUCUGUUGCAGAGGACAAGUGGACCGAACAUGCACAAGGCAUUGUUUCUUUCGAAAUGGCUCGGGGAGAGAAGACCAAAAAGUCUGUUUUCAACAACGAGACUGACGAGCCAGUCUUCGAGCAGAGCUUUGGCAAAGAUGCCUGGUAUGAGCGACUGAAGUACCGUGGUUUUGAUUUCGGACCUCUGUUUCGCGUGAUUGAUGAGAUUGAGGUUCUUCCUCAUGCGUCCCGCGCCCGCGCCCGAGCACCAAUUCUCAAAACUGCCGAAAGGACCACCCCAUAUGAGUCUCGGUACGCCAUUCACCCUCUGACGAUUGACGCUGUACUUCAGGGCCGAGUCGCGUCGGUGUACACCAGUCGCGCAGACCGUGAGGCCGCCACUCAAAUUCCUGUCUUCAUUGAAGAGAUGACAAUCAGCCCUUCAUCGUGGGCAAAGAAUCAAACAGGCUUCAUCGAUAGUGUUGCUUGGACCGAAGGUGCCCGAAGCGGCGGGUCUCACUCAACGCUCACCACAGAAAGCGGCUUCGAGAUCAUCGCAGCAAAGAAUGUGAAAUGGCGACAGUUUGAAAACCAAGGCAGUCAAGAAAAGAUGAACAAAGAAGGUGGACGAGAGCCAUAUUACCGCAUGCAGUGGAAGCCAGACGUUGCCUUUUUGGAUACAGAUGGGGCUCAUCGCCUGUAUCAUAGCGAUUUCAAAUCGCUGUCCGGAAGGGCUUACUUGGACGAGGUCUACAACAUUCGAACGCGGCUGGAGACAGUAACUGUUCUCUAUGUUUGUGGGGCUCUCGAGGUUAUGGAUCAGGAUGAACUCCCAACGGACCCGUCGCUGAAAUGGGUUCAUGGGUUCUACAAUUGGAUGCGCCACGUGAAGACUGAAGCAACAGCCGGUCGCAUGAUACUGUGUGAGCCAAAUGCCACAAGCCUCAAUCCCGAGCAGCGACAGAGGCGGGUUGAGGAGCUUCUGUCUGAAUUGCCGGAAGACUUCCCCCAGUUGGAGUUCAACGCCAUUGUCUACAAGAACAUGCGUGAGAUUCUCAACGGCACGGUGGCAGGAAUUGAUCUCGCGGUCAAGGCUGAGAUCCUGGCUCGCGUAUAUGCCGACGGCUCCAUCCAUGAUGCAGCACGCAAGAAUCUGGCAUCGGUGGUAGACAUCCUCGCACAUAAAAAUCCUUCCAUGCGAGUGUUGGAGGUCGGGGCAGGCACAGGUAGCUGUACCAGCAUUGCUCUUGACGUACUCAAUGCCUACGAUCGGGACAUGCCUGGCCACCACGCCAAGCGUUAUCAUGACUAUACCUUCACUGACAUCUCACCGGCUUUCUUCGAAAAGGCCGAGGACCUCUUCAGUGCCUACCCGACUAUGAUCUACAAGACCUUUGAUUUGUCGGUUGAUGUCGUUGCGCAAGGCUUUGAACUUGGCCAGUACGACCUCAUUCUAGCGUCCAAUGUGAUGCAUGCCCCUGGAAAUACCGACCAACUGCUGCGGAACUGCAGCCGCCUGCUCAGACCAGGUGGCAAGCUUGUCAUGCUGGAGAUCACGCAAACAGGUAGUCUGACUCCCGUUCAAUUUGCCUUUGGCACAUUGCCUAGCUUCUGGGAGUGUCUCGAUGAUGUCGAUGCUGAUCGGCCGCUGGGACCUUUCCGGUCCCUCCAAUCUUGGGAGCAACAGCUCAAGAGCUCUGGAUUCACUGGCUUGGACAUGGUUUUAACCGACUUCCCCGAGCCCUUGGCUUUGGAAAGUGUCAUGGUGGCUAGUUUACUGGACGACUCGUCGAAAAGUCUUCUCGCGACAAGCAUCGAUCAAGUUUUCAUUGUGCAUUCCACAGCCCAAUACGAGCUAGCACGAGCUGUCGAUGACCAGAUCACCAAGCAAGGAAAUCUCGCUCAAAACGGUAUCAUACAUUGCGAUCUGCCAUCAAUCUCAUCUGUGGAUCUGGUUGCUGGCAGCAAAAAUAUGUAUAUCGUGCUCGAAGAGAUCUCAGACCCCGUACUCAUGGACAUGCGACCGGAGCAGUUUGCCGGCCUGCAGCAGCUCGUCUCAUCGGCAUCAAGCAUCUUAUGGGUGACAGGAGGCGAUUUGAUGGCAGGCAAGAGGCCGGCCCUCGCAAUGGCACAUGGCAUCAAUACCGUGCUGAUGAAUGAAUUCUCCACUAACAAUCUCAAAUUUGCUACUCUCGAUAUCGAUGACGCAAACGCACCGAAUAUCGCGAACUUCAUCACUGAAGUAUGCAUUGAAAUCGGAACAGCUUCGUCAAGAGCAAAAUGUGAAACGGACUUCCUGCUCAAAGACAACAUCCUCCAUAUCAGUCGUGUAGUCCCCGACAUGGAGCUGAAUGAGGAGUUCACACUCGACACUGGAGCGGGCAGAGCUGAGCAGGACUUCCCCACUUCUGGUAAUGUCCAACUUGCGCUCGAAACUCCUGGUCUUUUGGACACAGUUUAUUUCCGAGAAACGCCGAGCUGCGACAUUGAUCUUGAAGCGGAUGAGGUUGAGAUCGAGGUGAAGGCGGUUGGACUGAACAUGAAGGAUUAUGUCAUUGCUAUGGGCAAUUUUGAAAGUGUCAAGUCGAGCAAUGAGAGUACGGGCAUCGUUUCUUGUGUCGGAGACAAUGUCACCCACAUUCGCCCUGGAGACAAGGUCAUCUGCCUAGAACGUGGAUACUAUGACACGUUCCUUCGCAGCCCCGCACAGAAAUGUAUCCGACUUGACCAGGAUGCCGAUCUCAUCGAGAUGGCUACUGUCGGUAUUGCCCAUGGAACUGCACGGUACGCGCUGGACUACCUGGCACGCCUAGAGACCGGCGAAACGGUAUUUAUUCAGGCGGCUACCGGUGGAUUAGGCUUGGCAGCCAUUCAGUACGCCAAAUUUGUGGGAGCCGAAAUCUAUGCCACAGUCGGAACCCAACGAAAGAAGGAUUAUCUGAUCUCUGAGUGCGGUAUUCCCGCAGAUCACAUCUUCUGGUCCCGAACGUUGCAGUUCAAGGACGAUCUGCUCAAACAAACGGAAGGACGCGGUGUCGAUGUCAUUCUGUCGACGAUAUCUGGUCCUGGAUUCCACUCAACCUUGAGCUGCCUGGCACCUUGUGGAAGAUUAGUUGAUGUUGGGCGUGGCAACGUCCUGGACAAGGGAAAUAUGGGACUGCAUGCCUUUGGCCAGAGCAUCAGUCUCUUCUCCUUUGAUCUCAACUUUGUCCUGGAGCAGAAGCCGAAGCUUGCAGAAAGGCUUCUGGCCGACACUAUGAAGCUCUUCCGAAAGGGUAAGCUUCAACCUAUCAGGCUAGACAGCACUUUCCACAUAACCGAGAUGGAAAAGGCUCUUCGGUACUUUGGACAAGGGCAACACAUCGGCAAGGUGGUACUCACUUACAGUCCAACCUCUAACAAGGUAAUGUUGAAGGGCGCUCUCCGGCCUCACGGUAUCAACGGCAAUAACUCUUACCUGAUGGUGGGAUGCCAUGGUGGGCUUGGUCACAGCAUGGCUGACUCCAUGAUCGAACGAGGCGCCAAAAACCUUGUCUUUUUGGGAAGAUCAAGCGAGAGUAACCCAGAAAUUGCUUCGUUUUGCAAAAGGGCCCGUGAAAGCGGCGUGAAUGUGGUGACGAUCCAGGGCGAUGUAUCAAAGAUGGAUGAUGUUGAGCGAGCUGUGACGCAGGCGCUUUCAAUGGGACCUCUCAAGGGAGUCGUGCACGCAGCGAUGGUGCUACAGGACGCGUUCUUUGAGUCUAUGACCCUUGAGCAAUUCAAUACUGCCGUCCGUCCCAAAGUUCACGGUGCUCUCAACCUCCACAAUGCCACCAUCAACGUCAACGCAGAUCUCGACUUCUUCUUCAUGACCAGCUCUACAGUGACAUACGUGGGUCACAUUUCGCAGUCCAAUUAUGCCGCAUCCAACGCUGUGCUGGACAACCUGGCACGCCGGCGAAUCAGCAUGGGUCUUCCAGUGACUACAGUUUCAUUGGGACCAAUCAAGGGCGUUGGCACGCUGAACCGAAAGCCCGAGUACGCCGAACAUUUGAUGCGCUCUGGUCUGAUUGAAGCCGAGGAGUCAGAGUUUAUCAGACAUUUCGAACGAUUCACAUACCCUCAGCCCGUUUCAAAGCAUUUCGACAUCCUCACACAGGGCCACAUCGUCACUGGUGUCGAGUACUCCAAGCAUGACCUCAGCAUGGUGCAGGUCACACGCAUUGAACAGGAUCGCCGCUCGGCGCUCCUGGUCACGACCUUAGAGUCGCGCAAAUCGGCUAGCAACAUCGGCGGCAUUGUAGCUGAUGCCAGCGGAGACGACCUUCUUAUCUCGAACAUCCCGGAAGAUCGUGACAAGGCUGUCAUUGUACUAGCUGAGGCGGUCUCGAAGCGCCUUGCUAAGCUGAUGUUUAUGCCAGUGGAGGAAAUCGACAUCAGUCGCCCCUUCUCACACUUUGGCAUCGAUAGUAUGUCCGGUAGUGAGCUGAUCCACUGGUUGAGUCAGAAGUUUGGUGUUGGAAUGUCGUUCCUUCAACUGUUGGCUCCUUCUUGCACGCCAAAGAGUCUUUCUGGGACUAUCUUUGACACCCUCAUGAAACCAAAGACCGCAGCGGAAGCAGAAGAGCCUCAGUUAGUGGUGAAUGGUACAUCCGAGGCCAAAUCCAACCGAGCUCUUACAACUAAUGGAUCUCAUGCAACUAAUGGAUCCCAUGCAACCAAUGGGCAUACCGAGAGUGGCCGUAUGACUAGCUCCAAUGGCGUGGUUGAUAUUGCAACCUCAUCUGAGAUGGACAAGUUUUCCCAGGCAGUCAGAAGAGCGAUCGUCGAUCCAAAGCCCGUCAUGCACUCUUAUGUGUGUUCUGUUGUAAACGGCCAAGGUGACCAACUCUACUCACUAUCUGAAGGCACUUUGUCCCAAGAGUCCGACAUCAAAGUCGACUUUGACUCAGUCUAUGGGAUGGCUUCUCUCUCAAAGCUCAUGACGACUGUCGCUAUCAUGAUUUCUGUCGAGCGGGGGCAGAUCUCCCUUGAUGAUGACGUAGCGCCGAUCUUACCGGAUCUAUGCGCUCUCCCCGUUCUCGAUGGUGUUGAUUCCGAGGGUCGAAGCCUGACAAAACCCCGAACAAAGACAAUCACGCUGCGACUGCUAAUGAGCCACCAGAGUGGAUGUGGCUACCACUCGACUCCUCCGUUGGCGAGAUGGGCGAGGCAGAAUGGCAAGACAAAUAGUGUAUUCGACUGUGACUUUGAAGUCAUGAAAACAUUCCCUCUUCUCUUCGAGCCCGGUGAAGGAUGGAUGUACGGUUCCGGUACUGACUGGGCAGGCGAGGCCAUCGCAAGGAUAAAUAACACCACCCUUGAAGAAUUCAUGCGAGUGAAUCUCUGGGAUCCACUUGGUAUGACCUCAACAAGCUUCCAUCCUGAGAACCAUCCCGGCAUGAUGGACAGGCUCGUAGCCCUGUACGAGCGCACCGACGACCUCGGCCUGGAACGCGGCGACUGGCUCUCACACAUUCCAGCGAGUCACGAUUGCGGCGGCCACGGCCUAUGGUCGACUCCCCACGACUGGUCGAAGCUCGUUAGCAUGAUCCUCGCCGACGGAGGUUCAAUUUUAUCCAAGACCAGUAUCGACGAGAUCUUCAAAUCGCAAACUGACGGCUCGAGUGAUCUGCAGGAUAUGCUGAAUGGUCCGCUUCGCGCAUCCCUUCGCUCCACAGUUGAUAUGGAUGCAGGACGCAUUGAGAUCGCGCUAGGUGGCCCGUUGUAUAGGGAUGCUAUCCCUGGAAAGCGCUCUGCUGGCACCAUUCAAUGGGCUGGACGGCCGAAUAUGUUCUGGUGGAUUGACCGAACCAAGGGCGUGGGCGCGACUACUUUUACGCAGGUUAUCUCACAGGCUGACCCCAGGUUCGAGGAGUUGACAAGCACGUUUGAAAAGGCGGUAUACGCUGAUUUUACUUGA